CCGUCUCCACCACCCGCGCCGGGUGAGGUGGGCAAGGGCCUGGAGAACAAGGAGGGCCAGAACAACUGCUUUCUCAACGUGGCCAUCCAGAGCCUGUGGCACCUGCUGCCCUUCACCUCGCGCUUUGCCAACUGCGAGCACCACCAGCACCGAGAGCACUGCGUCUUCUGCGCCCUCAAGGUGAUCCUUACCAACUUCGAGUUCAGCGAAGAGGCGGUGCUGCCUCCGCAAGUGCUGCGGAUAACGCUGGAUUCUCUGUACAGAGCCGAGGGCAAGUUCAAGCUUGGCGAGAUCGAAGACGCGGCCGAAACGUUGGAAGCCAUCCUCGAAAACCUGCACGAAUGUAUAGCGGCCGAUCAGCAGGCACCGCCCGGCCACCUGGAGCAAACGAACAAAGACGCCGACGUCGACAAGGGGUGCCAGCCUCCCUGCGUCGCCCACCAGGCCUUCGGCAUUGACGUGUUGGAGCAAAUCUCGUGCCCUCGCUGCCAGGAAGAUUCCGAGCCUCUUGUGUCCUCGUCGUGGCUUUACUAUGUAUAUAGCUCGAGUAUAAGAAAGCUGCGCGAGAGCCAUUCGAGCAUGUCAUUCGGCGAAAUCCUGCACACGAUCGCCGAUCAGGACCGACGAACCUGUCCCAAUGAACGGUGUAAACAGGAAGCCUGCCCUGUCAAGCGCGACGCGCCUUCGCCCGCGGUCAUUGUCGACGUGCUCUCGAGCAUCUCAACGACCCUCGUACUCGACCGCGUCUUCAACGGCGGCGCAUCUCCGCGCCGCUACCGCCUGAAGGGCAUGAUCUGCUACUAUGGCAAACACUAUGACGCCUACUUCUACAAUCCUCAACGCGGCCGAUGGGUCGUGUUCGACGAUGCCACCGUGAAGGAAGUGGGCCCGUCCUUCGACGAUGUGAUCAACAAGUGCCGGCUGGGCCACUUUCAGCCUUCGAUCCUCUUCUACGAGGGAGCGGCCAUCGAGGAGAAAAAGAAGCCAGCUGCCGAGUCCGCCCCGAAACCCGCAAUGACGCUUGACCAGCCACUGGUCGACCUCAACUUCGACGAACCCAACAAGGAGGGAGGGAACACGGCUCCAGUCCAGCGCAAAGCAGCUGAUAAUAACCACGCCCGCCCGAUCCCCAUCACGAAUUCUAAACCCGACCCCGACCCCGAGUACAAGCAGACCAAGCGGUAUCUCAAGGACUGCCUGGUCGACGUCAUCACGCUCAUCGAAAUGGUCUCGUCGCCUCCGCUGCAAGUCGAUCUGGAGAUUCUGUUGGUGACGGCCACCAGCCUGCUGGGCAACAUCAACGAGAUCGUGGACGCGUUCGAGCGGCGGCGUGCCUCGCAGGAACAGAAGCACGGGAGCGACUGGGCUUACUCGCUGACCGAGGUCGACGAUGCGGCGGUCUCGGCGCGCCGGCGGCUCGGCGAGCUGACCCACCACACGACGGACCUCAAGCUCCAGCGCGGCCGGCUCAUCGACCGAAUGAAGCACUACGAGGCGGCCGUCAAGUCCGCGCAGAAGCACCGGGUCGGCAUGCAGGCCGCCCAGAUGAUGGAGGCCGACCUCGUGCUGAGCGUGCUGAGCGGACUCAAGAACACGCUCGAGGCCAUCACCCUCCUCCACCACGCCGACCGCCAGAGGGCCAAGGCCACGAAGCCAAGCCCUAGCCCGCCGAGUCCCUCACCCACGCUUCAUUUUGCGCAGCCGACCUCGUCGUCGCUGGCGGCAGCGUCAUUCACUCCGCCGGUGUACUUCAUUCCGCCGUCGCCCGCCCCGCUGCUGGCCAGCCCGUCGGCAGUCAGUCCGCCCCACCACGGGCCGUACUACGGCGGGACGCCACUAGCGCCCUCCGCAUCUCCUCCUGAGGUGGUCCUUCUCCCGUCCCAGAUCGCCCGCGGAAGAACCGCACGAGCCGUCAGGCCUGUGUACACCACCACUCCGCCCACGCGACCUCUCGGCGGGCCCAGGUACCAAUGGAACUCGUACACACGGGAUUGGAGCCCGAUUGAGGACCUCUCCGACUUCCUCCGGUUCGACUCUCCAUAG